CGAACUGUGCACGUUGCGAUGCGACGUGGAAUACUCGUCUUCGUAUUGACGAUCGAUUUCCCGUCGAUAUCGAGACCGAUAUCACGGGUACUGUCCAUGAGCUGCGCGAUCAUCGAGUCGAGAGGCACGGAUGUUUAUCGGAAUAUCAACGGAGACACGUAUAAGAUAUAAGAGGGCCAGCGAACGCCAGUCAGUGUCGUGCUGGAAGUUGGUUUCGAUCGAACGCGAUCUUCAGGCCUGAUACACAUCGUUAGAGAUUCAAGAGCAGUCCAAGAACGGAGCAGACAUGCGGAUCUGGGUGUUAUUCACCGUUUUGCUCAUCGUCACGGUUCUCGCCUCUGAUGGGUUCGCGAAGAAACCUACCAAGGAAGUGGACUCGAGGGGCGGACACGAAAAGAAGAAGAGAGACGUAGCGUACUCGAAGGAAGGCACGGAGAAAGACGAAGAGAAGAGGAUGCAGUCGAAGAAGAGAAAGAGCAGCGUGUCCGAGGAAAAGAACGUAGAGAGCAAGGCUGAGAACGUUGAGAACGAGGAACCGAACAGAGAACAUAAGUCGAGGAGCAAGAAAUUGAAGGGAAAGGAAAACACCGAUCCCAAAGGAAGAUCCAAGCACGAUUCUGGGAAGGACAAAUCUAGGAAGAAGAACAAGUACUCCGUGGAGUCGCAAGAAGUUCAUGAGAAGAACUCGAGGAAGCUGAAGGACAAGAAAUUGAAGAACAGGAAGGUCGAAGAGCAAGGUAGUUUAGAGAACGAAAAUGUUAGCAAAUCCGAGAAAGCGUCGAAGGAAAAUAGGAAGGAGAAAUCUCAGAAAAAGGGAAAGAAGGUGAAGAAGGUUGAAGAGACGGAGGAGGAGAAGGUGGAGGAACCGAUAGAGGUAGAAGUGGAGGAGCCUAAGGAGAAAGAACGUUCGAAGAAGGACAAGAGGAAAGGUGAGCAGAGAAAAGAGGAAAAGAAUAGGAAGAAACGAGGAGUGCUGGAGGAAGAACAGGUAGAGGAGGAAGCAGAAGAUCCAGAUGCGCAGGAUGGAAAUGAAAAGACCACGAGCUGCGCUGCAGUGGAAGAAACGGAAAACCAAGAAGCGAGAGAAGAUUGCGAAGAUGGAUGUGACGAGGCGUGAUGUGUGAAUAUUUUUACUUGGAGUCAUCCUAGUAUGUCGUGUUCUAUCAUUCAUGGUUUAUCGAUAGGUUACUGAAAAUAUUGAAAUAAUUUUGCUCAGGUCAAUAGGGUUGGUCGGUAUCCGCUACGACCAAUGCGAUUCUCGAUAUCUCUCAUAUCUCGAUAGACGAUCGGCCAAUUACAAUAUUCCACGUUAUACGAAAUGUCGUUUAUUACAUCUCUGUCCACAUGUAAUCGUACAAACGUUAGGUUAUUU